AUGCUUUCGUGUUCUUCAUCGAAAGUUAAAUGUAGCGAGAGUCUAAAUAAAAUGAUUAAAAGCUUCCAACAAUACUUUGAUUUGAAUGAGACUGGUAUUCUUGAUGCGGCAACCCUAGCCGUUAUGAAAUUACCACGGUGCGCUAUUGUGGACAAGCCAAGUCAGUCUCGAACACACCAAUUGAUGUCCACCAUAUGGCCUCGAUUCAAUCUUAAAUAUCGUAUCGAUUCAUAUGUCGAUGACAUUAGUGAGAGUCAACAAAUUAAUCUUGUUGAGGAUGCGUUCAAUGAAUGGUCCAAACAUACGCCACUGAAAUUCGCAAGAGUGUGUGAUGAUUGUACAGCCGAUAUCGUGUUGGGAUUUGAAAAUGACGAUCAUGGCGAUGCCUAUCCGUUCGAUGCGCAAUCUGUGGCACAUGCAUUUCAACCCCACGACAGUCGCAUCCACUUAAAUUAUGACGCCAAAUGGACAGAUUCGUUUAACUCAACAUCAAACACUGAAGUUAAUAUGUUUCUUAUCGUGCUACACGGAAUCGGACAUGCACUAGGUCUUGAUCAUAUAAAGAGCAAACAAUCAAUCAUGCAUCCAAACUAUCAGUUAAAACAAAGAUCCGAAGUAUUGGCCCCCAUCGAUCAGACCAACAUUCAAUAUUUGUAUGGCAAAAACGAUGCUGAUACUUAUACGUGUGCAUGGGAAGGACAUUGUCCAGGUGACGACUGCCUAACAGAAGAUGAUUGUGAUGGAAACCUAGUUUGCAAUGAUGAAGUAUGCACAAUCACAAAGACAAAAGUUGGAAAAAUUCCGAAAAAAUCCUUAUUAUUAAAAUUUCCUACAGAUGAAGAAGCAACAUCAAGUCAAAUUGAAGAUAUUCUUUUAGACGUACGAUCCUUCCGACAAAUAUCACAACGUACUGUUGAACAAUAA